AUGGAAAUUUGUGAAUCAAAUAUUCAGCACAUUGAUGUCACUGGUGGUUGCAGAUUCAAUACAAACGCUGGAACGUGCACGUGUGUACCUCCGGGUACUUGUGCGACAAACACCCCCGCCCCUACUGCAGGUGGAAUUGAUAUAAGAAUUGUUAACCCGGGUAGCUUAACUUGUACCACCGGUUUACAAGUGUGCUGUACUGGAACCGGAGGCAACUCAUCUGGAAUGAUCGAUGCUAGUUGUGGAAUAAGAAAAAUUCCUCUAACAGCUCAACCUUCAGGUACAGCAAGUUACGGUGCCUAUCCGUGGCAAGCUGCUUUACUAACGACAGCCAAUAACUACAUUGGAUCCGGAGUUCUUUUGGAUGCUCGACACAUUUUGACUGUAGCCCACAAAGUGGCUUCAUACGCUAAUACCAUUAAUGCCAUGAAAAUGAGACUUGGCGAUUGGAAUGGUCAAGCUGUGACGGAGAUGUACCCGUACCAGGAUUAUGACGUGCAAAAAAUGUCUAUACAUCCAGAAUUCAAUGUCACGAAUUUGCAAAAUGAUGUAGCAGUUAUAAGAUUGGCUAUGACGGUCCCUGUAGCUACCAGCCCUGGUAUAAGUACGAUAUGCCCUCCAACAUCGGUUCCAGCAGCUGGAACAAGAUGCUGGGUCUCUGGAUGGGGGCAAAAUGCCUUUGGACCCAGUGGAGCGUACCAAAAUAUCAUGAAAGAAGUCGAUGUUCCAAUACUAGAUCAAAAUGAUUGUGAAGCAAGGUUGAGAGGUACAAGGCUUGGACAAUUUUUCACUUUGAGCAGAAGCAGUUUUAUAUGUGCUGGUGGUGAAGCAAACAAAGACGCUUGUACGGGAGAUGGUGGGUCGCCUCUUGUAUGUCAAGUGGGAGGACGAUGGCAAGUCGUAGGUUUAGUGGCAUGGGGAAUUGGGUGUGCAACAGCCGGAGUACCUGGAGUAUACGUAAAUAUUCCAAAUUAUCUUGCUUGGAUAAUGCAGCAAAUAGCUUCAGCUUAAGUAUUCAACCUUUUUGAUCUAAAGAUCGUAAGGGUUUCGGUGGAGGUAAAUUUACGAAUCGUGAUCAAUGUGCAAUGUCCCGUUACAAGUUCCGAGAUCUGUGUAGUAAUAGCUACUCAACGGAAAUACAUGAAUCAUUUCCCUUCCACCAAUCACGUAAUCAGAUAGGUGUAUAGUCAAUGGAUAAAUUUAUAUUCUUCCAUAUUUUGAUAACAUUAGUUUAUACAUAGUUUUUCGUUUGUUAUUUACAUUUAUACCUAAGAUACCAUCAAAAAAGUUAAGUCAUCUGUAGAUUUAGAAACUCACAGCUCUCAUAGUUUUGAUAAUCCUUUCAAUAAGUUAUCCUAUCUUACAAUAUAACAGCAAUCAAAUUGCUAGGGCCAUAGAAUAUAAAAAAUGAAAGUUAUUAUCAUUUCUAAGAUAAUAUCACUAAAAUUUAUGCACUAAAUUCAUCAGCAGCAGCUCAAGUGUAUCUACUCCACGUGUAAACAAAAAUUUCAGUAAUCAGUGUCGUACUACUGCUUUUUAGAAAAGUUCUCAACUGUAAAGUCAACAUAAAUGAAUAAAAAAAAAAAAACUAAAAAACUAUUACAUGUAAAACAUCGGAAUUAUUUCUGUCCGAUUUGAAUACACCAACGAUCGACCAUUAACAUUCGAAAACAAGCUUUACUAGGUUUGUGCAGACACUCGACAUUUCGAAAAUAAAAACAUUAGAUUAAUCAACUGACGUAAAAUUUCAGUGGAAGAUGUCAAGUAAGUGAGCAACACUAUGUAAAUAGAUGACAAGUGUCAUUGUUUCAAUCACUAUAGUAUCUGUUUGAAACUACAUAAUUUCAAACUUGAUCGACUUCAUUGAAUGUAAAUAGUAAUAUAUUAAUAUUGUUUCGUAGAAAUAGUAUAAAACCGUAAAUAAUCAUUUUCUAUGAAUUUUUCAAUUUAUGAGCGGUGAGCAGGGUAUACAAAUGUUUCUAAGGUGCAUCGAUUAGUAGUUGGUAACUUUAUUUUGAACAACUUAAACGCUACGCAAUCUGUUUAAGUUUGUUUGUUUGUUUUUGUUUUUUUUGUUUUUGAACGCAGAAAACGUAGCUAAUGUAAGAACGAUAAUGACGUGAGCAAUGUCUUGCGACGUCACAGAUUGGUUUUUUCCCAGUUCAUGCACCUCGCACUAGCCAUUUUUUAAUUCACACCCGGCUAAAUCGCAGUUUUUGGAUAACACCUGUGGCCAUAUUUAAGGCAAUGGUUUAUCGUGAAGAAGUUUUAUACUAAAGAAUAUUUUUAAUUUGUGAAAGUUGAUACCCAAAGUUAAACACAAACACAUGGAAAUGGACUAUUUUGGUGUUGCAGUGAAAAUUCAAUAAAUUAAAAAAAAAAAAAAAGUGACAAUGUUA